AGCAUUGCGGUGAGUGGAGAAGUUGUCCGGGAUAGUCGCUGUCCGGAGCUCACCUUUAUUUAUACACCGCAGUGACCGCUGUCAUCCCUCCAAAUUCAGCCUUUCAUGCAAAGCGGUCAAGGGGAAUAUCUUACACACAAACACAGGGGAUGUGUCCAGUUUAAAGUGGAGAUCUCAGCUCUUAAGGAGAGAUGGGACUUGGACAGUCCAGGAGGACGUCGGUCAGCGCUGAAGACCCAGCCGAGGUCAAUUUUGACCACUUUCAGAUUUUGAGAGCCAUUGGCAAAGGCAGUUUUGGAAAAGUAUGCAUUGUUCAGAAAAAGGACACCAAGAAAAUGUACGCCAUGAAGUAUAUGAACAAACUUAAAUGCGUGGAGCGCAAUGAGGUGCGCAAUGUCUUCAAAGAGCUCCAGAUCAUGCAGAACCUAGAACACCCUUUCCUGGUCAACUUCUGGUACUCGUUUCAAGAUGAGGAGGACAUGUUCAUGGUGGUGGACCUGCUGCUAGGAGGAGAUCUGCGCUAUCAUCUACAGCAGAACGUACACUUUACAGAGAGCACCGUCAAACACUACCUGUGUGAAAUCGCUCUGGCUUUGCACUAUCUGCGCAACAAACGCAUCAUCCACAGAGACAUUAAGCCAGACAACAUUUUACUGGACGAGCACGGUCAUGCACACCUGACUGAUUUCAACAUAGCUGCUAUUGUGAAGGAAGACUUAAAAGCCACAUCUAUUGCAGGAACAAAGCCGUAUAUGGCCCCAGAACUCUUCCAGCUGGUGGAGGGCACACAUCCAGGUUACUCUUUCGCUGUGGACUGGUGGUCUUUAGGCAUCACUGCGUAUGAGCUUCUUCGUGGACAGAGGCCAUACAUCAUGCGCACCAACACACCAGCCAAUGAGAUCCUGCAGACGUUCCACAAAGCACAGCCCUGUUACCCUGCGGCCUGGUCUUCAGGGAUCAAAUCCCUCCUAAAUAUGCUGCUGUGUGUGGAUGCUCAGAAGAGGAUUUCCAGUCUCUCGGAGCUCCAAGAUCUGGAAUAUCUCUCGGAUGUCAACUGGGAUGCUGUGCUCAGCAAACAAAUCCCUCCUGGAUUCCUCCCUAAUAGGCGGCGUCUGAACUGUGACCCCACAUUUGAGCUGGAGGAGAUGAUCCUGGAGUCCAAACCACUGCACAAGAAGAAGAAGAGGCUGGCGAGGAAGACCAGGGAGAACGGCUCGGAUGGAUCUCCUCAGAACGGGCACAUCCAGCAGCGCUUAGAGACGGUCCAAAGAGAUUUCAUCGUCUUCAACAGAGAAAAGUUGAGGAAAACCAGAGCAGAUGCCGAGACCAACAACCUCAGCACAGAAGAGACAAGCAAAGCCAUUCAAGACGGACAGAACAACAAUGUACAGCUUAACAGUUAGCAUUUAGCCCGAUCAUCCUUUUCAAUCCACGCUUUCAGCAAAGCAAACGCCACCGCAGUUUCCAGCAGAAUGCAUGAGAACAUCCAUUCGGGACAGACUGGAGCAUCAUGGACUCUGAAUGGACGCUUCAACCUCGUGUGACCCUCAGCUCUGCAUUAAAACUGAUGGUGUGCGGCGGUUUGGUGAACACCGUACAUAUAGAAAUAACUGAAUGAUGAUGCUCUCUGGACCUGGCUGUGAAAUGUGUGCCUUACUAGCGAAUGGAUUUCCCUAAUGCGUCUGGAGGCACAUGGAGAUUUACUGCUGUCUGAUUCAGCGAGCGAUCAGACUCCGAGCCGUUCGCCGGGAUUUAUACAGCUUCUCUUGUUGCAGAGAACACAAACAUAUUUAGUUCAGCUCAUUACGCCUACCGUAUGAUUAAUACAGUGUGAAUCUUUACAGAGCUGCAAAAAAAUCCUGUCAUUCAUGCCAUCGAGGAGAUUAUUUGGCUUUUCUAAGUCUUUUGGUUCUUGGGAUCCAUUGCUGGAUCCCUGAAUAAGAUAUCGAUCACGCUGUACAGAUGAAGUAAUAA